AUGCUGCAGCUGCCACUACGCAAAAGGAAGUCCAGGAGCUCUACCCGGCUGCGCCAUUCCAUCUUUGGCAACCGUAGAUGCUCCAAUGCAGAAACUGUAGGCUCAGAGACAUCGCAGUCUACAGAUGCGACGGAUUCGACGGACGCCACGGACGCAGCAGACCAAGAACAGGAGGCGUCCAAAAAUAUCCCAGACUACUUUCAGCUACGAGCCGAUAAUGUCAGGGACCGUCUCUUCUCUCAUGCUCCGCUGUCUGGGCCUGAAUGCCAGGCCAGUGACGCCCUAGAGGGCACCACGUCUACGCCCAGUCCGAGCAAAUGCUCCAAUAUAGGGUGCACGGUUCACCCUAGGAACUCCCCUCUGACCGGACAGGAGCUCAGAGUCAUAUUCUCUGGUGCUCCUCACUUCUUACUCGAGAAAGGUAGCCGCUCUCACUGGUUUCCCCAUGUAGUUUUUCCCUGGGACGAUAGCACGCGGAUCCAGAAUCUCCAGGACAGGAAACCGUUACACCAUGCCUCCUUUACGCUAUCUACGCUUCACGCCCAUCUGCCUGCCUUCUUGGAGAGUAGGAAAACAGCAGGAGUUGCUCAGGAUAUGGCAGAGCUGGAGUCGUCCAAAUAUCCGGCCUUUGAUAUUGGUGUUUUCGAGGUACCUAACAUGCUCUCCUCUCGCGCUAAAGAACGGGGAUGCGUUGGCUUCCGUCAUUUUAUGGAGCUUCCCAUCUCUCCGCAGCUAAAGGCCAAGUCCGAUAACCCCCCUGGCAUUGUUUCUUCUGACAAUACACUCUAUAACUCACCGACAGGUGAUGACGAACCAUAUAUCUGCUGUCGACCGGGCAUACGGUUCAGUCGUGCACAGUUGAUAAAGGGAGGGCCACCUACAUGGAGACGUCUUGGGGUCCGUGAUUGCUCAACUAAACAAAUUGCUCAACGCCUGGAAACCCUCUGUGAUUUGCGAGAUCAGAUGGUCUUCAAGGCUAAGCCUAUUAACCUAUUCGAUAUAGAGCCAAUCUCCAAGCUCCACCAACGGCUAUUUUCCACCUUCCUUUUCCCUCCCCCAAAGGAAGUGCACGGCGAUGAAUUCAAGCAUACCAGCCUCAAGACUCAGAUUGAUAUUCUGGUCAGAGUUCUCGCCGUCCAGGACGCAUGGAUUGACUUUUCCCAGAUCGAAUGGAGAAUCCGUGCUGGUCAGAUCCUCUGGGAAUGCCCACCACAUCAUGAUGGUAUUAUCAAGGACCAGUACCCAGAUGACCCAGAUGUCGGUAUUGACGCGGAGAGACAGUGGUUUUUGAUCCAAAUUCUAUUAGCCGCUGAAUUGGUUCUGCGGCUCGAUGCGGCCGCCAAAGUUGGCAUCAUGGGUCGCUCAAAAGGUAUAAGCAUUACCCAGCGGGAUAUCUACCACAUUAACGAUAUGAGGAAUGACCAAGUUGAUUGGGCAAUCAUCUGCUGCCAGAGGGCUUUUGAAAGCAUGACUAUCAAAUAUGCUCCUACGUGUGGGCGGCUCGAUCCUAUUAUACCCCCAGGCCGAUCCCGGGAGAAACAUCCGUCACGGAUUCGACAAAUGUUAACACGCGGAAAACUCAAGGAAAAGCAGAUGCAAGAGCAAAAAGAUCAACAACCUGAGGACUCCCGGAUAGUAUGGGAUUGUAUUACCAGACCCCGCUUUUUUAGGAAGCAGCUGGACGGCCUCUUUGCGUUUAUGGAUAUAAUCCAGUGGCCCGACGCAGAGGAGGUAAAAUUCCAGUUAGAGAAGAAGUUCAAUACGGUGAUAAACGAUCCAGCUGCUAUGAUCCGAACACUUUCCACGCCACUCGUUACCAAUGAGUUGAAAGGUGACGACUUGCCUCGUCAGAGGCUAUCGGCCUAUGAAAAUUCAAAUACCUCCCAUCUCGUCUUGCUUCUUCCCCCCUCUCAACUUCACUCUGUUCCCACCUCGUCAACAUACUUGGGCGGAUGGAUUUCUCGCUCGUGGCUAACGGGAUUUGUCCUACCCGGAGAAGCUGUUAAUGAUAUGCUUAUAUCGACACUGUUAGAAAAUGACGCUCAUGCCCUAAACACUCUUGGCCCAGUAGCCAACCUAUAUGGCGGUUUUAUAUACAAAGGGAGGAGCUGGUGGAGCAAGAUGUGCGUUGUAUCAAGAAUUGUCAGUUGCCUAGAAGGGUCCACUACUUGUAUGGGCUGGGUGUCCAGUCUUGUCGUACCCCAGGACGAACAGGGCAGGGAUUAUACGGACCGAUGGGUGGAAGUUGAACUGAAAGAUGACCUGCGCGACUUGACAGUGCCACGAAUUUACAAGACGACGCAAGUCCUACUUGACUCCUCGCCACUAGGGCCAGGUGGAGAGCUCACCCCAGAACAGUUCUCUUUACCAAUGGACGAACCUAACUUGCCUCACAUCCGUGAGACAAGUGUGGUGUUUGAUAAUAUAACGCUUGCCAGGGCCGGACGAGAUGAUCCAAGUAAAUAUCUCCCUUUCAAAGCUCUCGCGUACGCUUUCUUCACCAUAAAAGAGACACCUGACUCGAAACCACGCAAGGUUCUCUUCCCAUUAAGCAAGAACUCACUCUUCAUCUCCUCCUUCCCUUGCGUUCCCCCCAGAGGAUGGGCUGCUCAUUCUAGCAACCACAACGACGACGACUCUCAGUCUUCUUCAUCGUCAGAGUAUCACAGACACUUCCAGCCCCCAGCCCCCGACGACGUAGAUACGUUUGGCCGGAGCCCAGGACCCGAAUCACCAGUCCCAGACCCCUUCGACCCCUCAGGCGUACGAACCAACAGCUUCCGCGUUCCAGGCCACCCACUCCAUAUCUCUUUCUAUCCAUACAAAUACAUCCCCUUCGCUUCGCUCCCAAGCUUGACGGUCUUCCAGCCACAGGCCUCUGAGACUGUUGACCCUCCUCUGCUAAAGAGGCAGAAUUCAUGUCGAUCCGACCGGUCAGAGAAACGGCGACGCCACCGCCGUCGGCCAAUAACCUAUAUUAUUGAUGCGAGAGGAAGUAAGCAUAAAGAAGCAUUUGCGAGGGCCUGGUGUACGGCCGUCUGUACGGAUGCGGUGAUUGCAAGGGUAGGCCGCACCUGUUUAGCCUGCAGCAUCCGGGAAGCCAGGGCGAUUGAUGUCAAUGUGGUUAUCCGUGUCGGCGGGAUUAAUUGA